AUGUCUCGUCUCAGCUUGUUCUCGCUCGCCGUGUCGUGCAUCUGUUUCCUCAGAUAUGACGCCACGAGCACCAAGACUACCUACCGCGGGAGUGCAGGAUGCCGGGCAGCAGGGAGUGAGACCGGCGGCUCCUCAACAGCAGGGUAUUCCGGCGGGAGUCUGUCUGACUGGGAGACGUGGCAAGCCUUCCGGACAGGAGACCGACUUCCGGGGAACUACAGCAAAACUGUCCGACCAAAUGACGAUGAACGCUGGACAGGCGUGUCAUGCGGAGUGCGACUCAGUGAUAUCGGCUCCCUGUCGGAGACCUCCAUGAAAUUUGAAGCAAGAUUUGACAUGACCCUGGAGUGGACAGACCCCCGACUGGCCGGACUGACCAUGGGUCUGGCACCCAUCCCCAUCAGAUACCUCUGGACGCCGGACAUCCGCUUUGGUCAGGAAACGGAAGUACUAAGUGAGAGUGACAGUGGUAACGACAUGGAUGACAACACCAUCACUACAUGGAUCUUCCCAGAUGGAAAAAUCGCUUACAAGAAAAGUUAUGAGGGGAGAAUCAAAUGCGCCAUGAGUCUGCAGUCAUAUCCAAUGGACAGGCAGGACUGUACUUUCCAAAUACACGCAUAUAACGGUGUACAUCUGCGACUGGAACCAAAUUUUGAGUGGACAGCAUCAGCCCCGCUGACCACAGAUCUUCCUUCUGUCCAUUCCCAGUUCCAGAUCUACAGUGUCCAGAUAAGAAGCUUUGCAAACUCCUUUCUUGAUACGGCUGAAGCCACAGCCAACACCUACACCAGCCUGGAGAUCACACUGUCCUUCCGGCGCCUUCUCUCUUCUCAUCUCUUCGAGCUUUUCAUCCCGUGUGUUACAAUCGUGUGCCUGUCGUGGGUGGCAUUCUGGAUCAACCGAGCAGCUGUGCCAGCCCGCGUGGCAUUAGGGAUUACCACUGUGCUCACAAUGGUCACUCAGGCUACCAGGGUAGUGGGGAUGCCACAUGUGUCAUAUGUCAGGGCCAUUGAUGUUUGGGUCCUGGCAUGUCAGGCGUUCGUCUUUCUUGCGUUGAUUGAGUACGCUGUUGUCAACUAUCUCAUGAACAAUGCAAAUAAAGCAAAGCCAUUCUGUCUUUCUCAGCUAACCAAAGCGAAGGCCAAGCCUGCUGUUUCACCGACUGAAGGUCUGCCUCGGCUUGAAAACAAGUCCAACUUAGCCGGCAAGCCUGCCUACCAUGCAGCGAAGGUAGACAACUCUGAGAAGGACCAGACUGCCUCCCCCCUCCCAACUAACCUCAGCAAGUUGUCAUUUUUUGUCCUCAACAACAACAAACUGGAGAAGUCUAAGAACAAGGAGAAGGAGGAAGGAAAAGACAAGGCUUCUAUCAUAGAUGAGACUUCAAGGGUUGUUUUCCCCAUGGCUUUUCUCUUGUUCAAUAUUGUAUACUGGCUGUACUACUAUGAUUACUUUUAA